AUGCUCACAAUAUACGAUAAGUCAAGAUUCUGCAGAGAAGAUUCGGAAGAAACUAUAUAUAUAUAUAGAUAUAUUGUGGUGCAUUAUUUUACCACGAAGGCGUUGAGUGAGAGUAUUCGUCUUCUGCUCGCCUAUGGGGGAUUGGAGUUCGAAGACCAUCGAGUAGAGGAAGAAGAUUGGGAAGCAUUCAAACCGAGUAACAAUGCCCUUCGAGUGUUGGAGAUCGAUGGCAAAAAGUACGCUCAGAGCGUGGCAAUCGCCCGUUACCUCGGCAAGAAGUUCAAAAUCAAUGGUGCUAAUAUAGAGGAAGAAUUUGAGAUCGACCAAAACGUGGAUUACCCGAAUAGUAUUGAUGAGAUGGUAAAUAUAUACGUUACUAGCUAA